AUGGCGGAUCGGCGGCGCGCGUGGAACACGGAGGACGACCUGCCCGUGUACCUGGCGCGGCCGGGCAGCGCGGCGCAGACCCCGCGCCAGAAGUACGGCGGCAUGUUCGCCGCGGUGGAGGGCGCCUACGAGAAUAAGACCAUCGACUUCGACGCGUACAGCGUGGGCCGCCGAGGCUCGGCGCGCACACCGCGCAGUGCUGGCCGGCUCGACGCGGUCGGCCUGCCGGGGCCCGGAGGCAGCGAGGAUACGGCCAGCGACGUGAGCGAUCCCUCGGGCUCGGCAGUCAGUUCGCCGGGCGAGCGCGACGAGCGACCGCCUGCGCUGCGCAUCCGCUGCCCCGCGCCCCGCGCCCUGCCACUCUGCCGGGACAAUGGCCAGAGUGACCGACUCCUCAUCAAGGGUGGACGAAUAAUCAACGAUGACCAGUCCUUCUAUGCCGAUGUCUACCUGGAAGAUGGACUCAUAAAGCAAAUAGGAGAGAACUUAAUUGUUCCCGGUGGAGUGAAGACCAUUGAGGCCAAUGGGCGGAUGGUUAUUCCCGGAGGUAUCGAUGUCAACACGUACCUGCAGAAGCCCUCCCAGGGGAUGACAGCCGCUGAUGACUUCUUCCAAGGGACCAAGGCAGCACUGGCAGGAGGGACCACGAUGAUCAUUGACCAUGUUGUCCCUGAACCUGGGUCCAGCCUGCUGACCUCCUUCGAGAAAUGGCAUGAAGCGGCAGACACUAAAUCCUGCUGCGACUACUCCCUGCACGUGGACAUCACCAGCUGGUACGACGGUGUUAGGGAAGAGCUCGAGGUGCUGGUGCAGGACAAAGGUGUCAAUUCCUUCCAAGUCUACAUGGCCUAUAAGGAUCUCUACCAAAUGUCCGACAGCCAGCUCUAUGAAGCCUUCACCUUCCUUAAGGGGCUGGGAGCUGUUAUCUUGGUCCACGCAGAAAAUGGAGAUUUGAUAGCUCAGGAACAAAAGCGGAUCUUAGAGAUGGGCAUCACGGGUCCUGAGGGCCACGCUCUGAGCAGACCUGAAGAGCUGGAGGCCGAGGCCGUGUUCCGAGCUAUCACCAUCGCAGGUCGGAUCAACUGUCCCGUGUACAUCACCAAGGUGAUGAGCAGGAGUGCGGCGGACAUCAUCACCCUGGCCAGGAAAAAGGGCCCCGUCGUUUUCGGCGAGCCCAUCGCUGCCAGUCUGGGGACGGAUGGCACCCAUUACUGGAGCAAGAACUGGGCCAAGGCGGCGGCCUUCGUGACCUCCCCUCCCCUGAGCCCAGACCCUACGACGCCCGACUACUUGACCUCCCUGCUGGCCUGUGGAGACCUGCAGGUCACAGGCAGCGGCCACUGUCCCUACAGCACUGCCCAGAAGGCAGUGGGCAAGGACAACUUCACUCUGAUCCCUGAGGGCGUCAACGGGAUAGAGGAGCGGAUGACCGUGGUCUGGGACAAGGCAGUGGCUACUGGCAAGAUGGAUGAGAACCAGUUUGUUGCUGUUACCAGCACGAAUGCAGCCAAGAUCUUUAACCUGUAUCCCAGAAAAGGGCGGAUUGCCGUGGGCUCGGACGCCGACGUGGUCAUCUGGGACCCUGACAAGGUGAAGACCAUAACAGCCAAGAGUCACAAGUCGGCUGUGGAGUACAACAUCUUCGAAGGCAUGGAGUGCCAUGGCUCCCCGUUGGUGGUCAUCAGCCAGGGUAAGAUCGUCUUUGAGGACGGCAGCAUCAACGUCAACAAGGGCGCAGGCCGCUUCAUUCCGAGGAAGCCCUUCCCCGAGUACCUCUACCAGCGCGUCAGGAUCAGGAACAAGGUUUCUGGGUUGCAGGGGGUUCCCAGAGGCAUGUAUGACGGUCCUGUGUACGAGGUGCCAGCCACACCCAAAUAUGCAACCCCUGCUCCUUCUGUCAAAUCUUCGCCUUCCAAACACCAGCCUCCACCGAUCAGAAACCUCCACCAGUCCAACUUCAGUUUAUCAGGUGCCCAGACAGAUGACAACAACCCCCGGCGCACCGGCCACCGCAUCGUGGCGCCCCCUGGUGGCCGCUCCAACAUCACCAGCCUCGGGUGAAGGCAACUUGUGGAUGAGCGAGCGUGAAGGAUUCUGGGAAGGAUGUCCAUCCCUUGCCAUGUCAGUGUUUGGAAACCCACAGUAUCGUUUGGUACUGAUGGGGGGAAAAUGGAAUGAUGUUCUUUCCUUUUUGGUUUAGGAAGAAGUGGUACUAGUGUGGUGUGUUUGCUUGGAAAUCCCUUGCCCACAGUCGUGUGUUCAUCUGAGUCCACCUCAGAGCAUGGUGUCUCCAGGCCCCUCCUUAGUGAACACAGGUUCCAGCCUCGUCUUGCACUGUC